GCUCUAGCAGUUGUACAGGUUUUAAUCUAAACAUGCUGAUAACUAUUAACAAUAAUGUUAACAUAACUUGUGAUUCUUUAUCUGUUUUGUUUCGAGUCAUUAAAAUGUAAUAUUCAACUUUAAUGCAAUUUUGACAACACAACCUAACAUCAAUAUUCAUGACAAUGUUUUGUUGUUGUUGUUUUUUCUUUUGACUUUACUGUAGCCCAGAAGAGGUUUUUGGGGCAGAAGUAAUCAAUAAUCAAUUUAUCAUAUUUUGUUUUGUGGUGUUAUUUGUUAGUAGAAGUCAUUUAUUCGCCACAAAACAACGAAAAAGCGUUUAUUUGUUCAUUUAUUCACUUGCUCUCUGAUAUUUUGGAUUUUUUGUUUGUUUGUUUGUUUGUUCGGUAGCACAGCUGCUGUAGCAUUUAAAAAAUCCUCCCUGUGUCUUCAUAAGGCAGACAGCAUGAUACGGUGCCUCCUCCGUCCCGCCGCUGUCUGUUUAAGCACCUUGGAGAACUCCGCUCCGCAGCAGAGCGCACCGCAGAGGGUGAAUCGGGACCGUGCGUAAACUACGUCAAAUCCGCGCGGAAGAACGGAGCGCCGCGGUGGCCGUGCCGCCUCGUCUUCGCAGCCCUUUGUUGUCGAUUUUUUUUUUUUUUUUAGCUGACUCUUAAACUUCUUCAGCGUUUGCCCGCAUUGCUUUACACUCAUGUCCCCUCUUCUUACUGCUAGGUGUCGGAUAUGGAGGUUGUGGGGUAUGAGAGAUGUAGAGUGAUGCUGUGUGGGUUUGUAGCUAUUCAUCCUUCAGCCUGGUAAGAUGUCAACACCGCGUCUUGCGUCUUUUUUGCACCUCUUCUACUCUCAGCUUGUUUUUCUCAGAGGUACGCGCAGUGAAGUACCUGUUAACUGUGUGGCUGUGGCGUAACAAGAUGCGCAUGUUGUUAUUUUAUCUCUGUGCUGUAGAUCGGGUUCCACUGGAUUGGCCGAGGCAAAUGCCAUUCAAUACACUCUCCCUGCCUGCAUGGUAUAAACAGCAUGGCCAUCGCACAUUCCAGCAGGUCUAAAUAUAUCUAUUAAGGGCACAGGAGGGGGAGGACUGGUUUAGGGGGGGUGUCUAUCCUGGGACAUUUCACUGUCGUGGUGAACUCGCACCACUUGAAUUUAUCUAGCUGAGAUUGGCAAUCGGUUAUUGCACCCACAGAGGCGAACGCGGCCCUAUCCAAACAUGCCCUCGAAUUACAAUGCGAGAUCCAGGGCGCGGGAGAGAAACAGCGUCCUGAGCAGACCUGAGUUCAUGUCCUUGAACCAUCAGCCCCUUCGCGGCGGUGGUGGCGGUGGCGGCGGCCCCGGCCCCUCUGAGAGCCGAGGCAGCGCAAGGCGACCGGGUCAAAACAAGCACCAAACAAGCCAGCAGAGUGAAGAACCUACCGACAGCGGCAGCAAGGACAGGAGAGAGUCCAGCAAAAUGAUGCCAGAGGAAGACUGUAUGCAGCUGAACCCUUCAUUCAAGGGAAUUGCAAUGAACUCCCUCCUCGCCAUUGACAUCUGCCUGUCCAAGCGCAUGGGGGUGUGCGCCUACACCUCGUCCUCCUGGGGCGGCUGCCGCUCCAUGGUCGCCCUGUUAGCGCUCACGGGGCACGGCAUCACGUGGAUCAUUGGCACUAUCGUGUGUCUCACAAGGAGUAACACUCUGGCUGGACAAGAGGUCCUGGUCAACCUGCUGCUUGCCCUCAUCCUUGAUGUCAUGACUGUGGCCGGAGUCCAGAGACUGGUGAAGCGCAAAGGACCCUGGGAGAUGACGCCCGGCUUCCUGGAUUGCGUCGCCAUGGACUUCUACUCCUUCCCUGCAGCUCACGCCAGCCGGGCUGCCAUGGUCUCCAAGUUCCUGCUGUCCCACCUGGUCCUGGCUGUGCCGCUUCGCAUCCUGUUGGUGCUGUGGGCCUUUCUGGUGGGCAUGUCGCGGGUGCUGCUGGGGAGACACCACCUAACUGAUAUGGUGUGCGGCUUUGCACUGGGCAUGCUUCACUUUAGCUUGAUGGAGUCGGUGUGGCUCUCAUCAAGCACCUGCCAGACUCUUAUUUCCAUUAGCACAUUCAGCUGGAGCCCCUUUUCCUGAGCUCUUGAUAUAAGGCUACACUAGCACACAAGGCUUAUUUGAUACACUAACCCCGCAAUAUCAAAGACUUAGGCAGGUCUUGUAAGUUACUUUUUCCAAGGGUCCGAAGUUCUUAUUGCAGGCUGUGAACAGAAAAGCUUUAAUAUUUAGAUGCAGAUGCUGGCUUGCAUGUAACACCCAAGACAGGCAGGUCACAUGACUUUACAAGACAUUUAUAAUGCUUCACAAAUCCUAGUACCUUCAAUCAGAUCUGCUCACACACACCUCGACUGACUGCUCCUUCAUAAUAAAGGGAAACAAGGAAGUGAUUCUUUUAAGGUCUUUUUUCCUUUUUUGAUUUUUCAUGUCCUAUUUUUUUUUCCUUUUCAUUUCCUUUUUAGAUUUUUUAUGCUUAUACAGUAUAAUAGCUGAUACUAUUCAUCCAUACCUGAAUCUCUUUUGAUUCAAUAAUUCUGCCUUGAGUCUGUGUGCCUCCUUCUCUUUACCAUCUUACUUCCAUUAUGUUACUUUUUACUCGAUUUAUUUUGAAAUAGUUUGUGCUUUUAUUUUGGGCUAGUGAAAUACUUAAAUCGUGUUGAACACUGAUUAGAGUUUGGUGUAAGGGUGUAACAUUGGAUGUGAUACUAAAGUAUAUCAAGUGAUUAUUGUUUGGAUAUUCCACAUUGUUCCUAAUUGGCAUGACUAUGAUGUUUGUGUAUUUCUGAUGGGAUUUUGUUCUUUUUACUGUAUGUUUGAUCAAAUAUGAACUUAUUUUUGUGCAAACCAAAUAUCACACUCGCACAGAAUUUAAUAUUUUUCUUACGGAGUCAAAUAAUACUUACUUCAAUGUGCCAUUUACACUAUGCUUUAAUGAGUUGAAAUCAUUUUUUUACUGCUCCUUAUCGGAUGCUUAUGAUUUGACUUAUGCUGAUUGUAUGCCCCAGUAAAUAACUGAAACAUGUGCACUAUAUGUGUGUAGAUGCACAGCAAAAAUAUCUGUUUCAAGUAUCAGUUUUUAAGAGUUUCUGCCUUUAUUUUUUAAAUGUGUUUUUUAUGGACAUUUCAACAAAACCUGUUUUUUUUUUUCUUGGUAUUUCUUAGUUUUUUGUGGCUAAAGUAUUUCAGUGCAUUGGUGUGUAAAUACACUUUUAUGUACAUUAGUACAUUAGUUUGAUCUGUACAGGGAUCUGUGUUUCAUGUUUUUGCUUUGUUUUUCCAUCUUAUGAAUAAAAUGAGGUGGAAUGUCAGUAAAA